GUCCAACCAAUAUUUAUUAACCAUCCCAUUUCUAUUCUAUUCAUGACUUUGAUUUUUCCUAUUCUUCCAGUCCCAGUAUCUUGAAGUGAGGACAUAGCAACUUCCCUCGUCUUGAAGCAAUGUUCGAAGAAGCGGGCGUUAAUCUCGUGGCGGUGAUGUAUCCGAAAGCGGGCAAGCUGGAGGAGUUAUCAACCCACCUCUCCGACCUCUCCAAACAAGUGCAAGCCAACGAGCCUGACACGCUGCUGUACUACGCUUUUGCCAAUAAGGACGGGAAUGAGAUUACUGUUGUUGAGAGAUACCGCGAUCAAAUGGCCCUCCAAACCCACUUGUUGAGCUCCUACUUCCAAGACUUUGGGAGUCGGGCAUCGCCACUGAUGGAGAAGCCGUAUGAGGUCAAGGUUGGGAGUGGGUUUUUGCCUGGGUCGGUGGGGGUGUUGAGGGGCUGACAUUAUGCUUUCUACAUAUUUACCAUAUCUCUAACUUUAUAUAUUCAAGUAUAUGCUAGAGAUGGGGUAUCUAGUACUGUAAAGGAGAGAAUCUUCUAUAACCCUGUCUGGAGUAUACUGGUACAGACGCCACUGUGUGACGGAGGAUGAACGAUUGAGUUGGCGGGCCGGUGAAGAAUGGAUU